AUGAAGUUCGGCAAGCGGCUCAAGAAGCAGAUCGAGGAGAGCCUGCCGGAGUGGCGGAGCCACUUCCUCAACUACAAGGAGCUCAAGCGCCGCGUCAACGCCGUCUCCUCCUCCUUCUCCCCGCCGGCGGCGCCAGCGGCGCCAUCGUCAUCCCGGGCCGCGGAGGCCGACUUCCUGACGCUCCUGGACGCCGAGAUCGACAAGUUCAACGCCUUCUUCCUGGAGCGGGAGGAGGAGUUCGUCAUCCGGCAGAGGGAGCUCCAGGAGCGCAUCCACCGGGCGGUGGCCGAGGGAUCGGCCUCCGCGCCCGAGACCAUGGCGCGCAUCCAGCGCGAGGUGGUGGACUUCCACGGCGAGAUGGUGCUGCUGCUCAACUACAGCAGCGUCAACUACACGGGGCUCGCCAAGAUCCUCAAGAAGUUCGACAAGCGCACGGGCGGCGUGUUUGGGCUCCGCCUCCCCGUCAUCGCGGGCGUGCUGCGCCAGCCCUUCUUCACCACCGACCUCAUCUCCGAGCUCGUGAGGGACUGCGAGGCCAUGAUGGAGGCCGUCGUCUUCCCCUUCCCGCCCGCUGCAGCCAGCAGGGACCACCUCCUCCACGAGCGCCGGCACGCGGUCGCCGUCGCCGAGCAGAGCAUCUUCCGCAACACCGUCGCCGCGCUGCUCACCAUGCAGGAGGUGCGCAGCGGGAGCUCCACCGUCGGACACUUCUCGCUGCCGCCCAUGCAGCCGCUGCCGGAGUCAGACUGGCUCGUCCAGUCCGUGUCCGUCAGUAACACGCCGACGCCGACGCCGUCGCCGUCGCCGUCGCCGUCGCCCCUCAUCACCACGCAGUGA